UUUCUCUCCUCGAUUACCGCAAUAAUUGUGGCUAUUCCCCCCCAUCUUGCCUGCGGGAAGGGGAAGCACGCGACACGUUAAAAUACCAGAUUCCAGGGUUUGCGACGCUCGGCCGAGUCAAUUGGAAGCUACCGGAUAAUCUCGCUUGAGUGGAAAAAAAGGAAUAUAAGAGGUGUUGAAGCGAAGAAGAAAUCAACCACAGCAGAAACACCAUGGCGAGCAAACUUGAUGCGAUGAAGCCACAGAGGAAGAUUGAACUCUUUUCGGGUUCCUACUUUGCGGCGUGCACCAUGGGCGGCAUUAUUGCGUGCGGGCCUACGCAUACCAUGGUUACCCCUCUUGACCUGGUGAAAUGCCGCCGCCAAGUCGACUCGUCCCUGUACAAGUCGAAUAGCCAGGCUUGGAAGAUGAUUUACUCCAAGGAAGGUCUCCGCGGCGUCUUCUUCGGUUGGACACCCACCUUCAUUGGAUACUCGAUGCAAGGUGCCGGGAAAUACGGCUUUUACGAAGUCUUCAAGUACCUGUACGGCGACAAACUUGCGCCAGGUGCGCCGAAGCAAGUCGUCUACCUUGCUGCUUCGGCUUCGGCCGAAUUCCUCGCUGAUAUCGCGCUAUGUCCCAUGGAGGCUAUCAAAGUCCGCAUGCAAACCACCCUGCCUCCAUUCGCGCACACGCUGAGAGAGGGAUGGGCAAAGGUCAUCAAAGAGGAGGGUGUUGGUGGGCUGUACAAGGGACUGUAUCCUCUGUGGGCGCGUCAGAUCCCAUACACCAUGGUCAAGUUUGCGACGUUCGAGGAGACUGUUACCCAGAUCUACAAGUUCCUGGGCAAGCCAAAGGAGUCGUUUAACGGCCUUCAGCAGACUGGAGUUUCAUUCUUGGGAGGCUACAUUGCUGGUAUCGGAUGUGCUGUUGUCUCGCACCCUGCAGAUGUCAUGGUUUCCAAACUGAACAGCGACCGCAAGGCUGGCGAGGGCGCGGGCCAGGCCAUUGGCAGGAUAUACGGCAAGAUUGGGUUUACGGGUCUGUGGAACGGACUGCCCGUUCGUAUCUUCAUGAUUGGUACUCUGACGGCCUUUCAAUGGCUCAUUUACGAUUCCUUCAAGGUCUACCUUGGCCUACCCACAACCGGAGGCCACUAAGAACAUGCAUUUCCCAUGCAAGACAAACGCAACGAUGACGACAAAGAAGAAGGAGGACGAGGAGGAAUCACACCCAUAUAUUUCGCGAAACAAGUUUCCCAGUGCAACAGACCAAGAUCAUGUAAUUCGACCCACGGAAACCCCUAGCCUCAGUCUAAUUACAUACAUACAUAC